AUGCCUCGCCUUACGCUACAAGACCUUUUGAAUCCAGCCCCUUCCGCCCCGAGGCCGUCCAAUGACACCAAUCCGCGCAUUGAUUCUGCUCGUUGCAGCUCUCCAAGCCCAAGUCUGGACCUUCCUGCGCACUUGGACAACACUGACAGGCAGCUCAUUCAUGAAAACUUGUGGUUGAACAGGAAGACUACGCUUUCCAGAGUGUACCGCUACCCCCUCGCCGCAACUGUAGAAUACCCGGAGACUGGCUCCACCUCUGACCACGCGGUUGGUCAUUUGUUUGAGCUGGAUCCCGAAUACUGGUAUAAUCGAGCCAACGAUUUCGCCUACUCUCGGGGAGACCCUCGUGGGAUUGAUAGAUGUCCAAGUAUGAUACACUUGUUGGUUAGUUCUCAAACGGGGCAACCUGUGCCCUGUACGGUACGACAUUCAACCUGCCAAGGUGUGAAAACAUGCCCGUACUAUCCACAGGAUUCCAUUGAAUCAGCCUCCCAUUCGUAUGCUACGAAAGAAGUUUUGCAGGAAAUCCUCCAGCGAGAGCGCUUGCAGCGUCUCGAGUCAGCUUCACCGGCAAAGGACACCUUUGCUCGUACUUCUGCUUAUCUAGCAGCUCUUGUCCGAAGCGGAUGUCGGUCUAUUGCUCAUGAGCCGACUCAACUCAAUGCAGCAGAAAGAAUGUCUCGGUUGAGCCGGCUUGAGCAGCAAGUAUUGGUUCAGAGAGGGCGUAUAACUACAGAAGGACGAUGUGAUGGCCGAUUUGAGUUCACGUACCUAUUAAAUGGUACUCCAGUUGUCAAAUGCGAACAUCAUUCCGUCCAUAAUCGGGACCACUUCUUUGAUGCAACUAUUGCCAAUAGCUCAUUGAAUUUGGAGUAUCUAGAGGCAGUUUUAUGUGAGGAUGAGGACGAAAUCGAAAGGAUUGAGUUAGAUGUUGAAGUUCUCGGAUAUGGACCCAGAAGUGAAUGCUAUUACAUGACUAACACGUCGUCUCAAAGAGCUUAUUGUCCUCAAAGCCACCGAUCUUCUGAUGGUCAUCUCGAGCAGCCUCACAUGAAACACAUUAAAUGCGCUGUCACGUUCAGGGAAUACGAACCGUUAGAGGAAUACCGAACUGACUGCCCUUUCCAACUGGUUGUCAGUCGUGGAGUUCAUACUCACCCUAUUCCCCGACUCAACAAAACUCCUACGUUGGUCUGUUACGAGUUGAAUGACCUUCUCCGAAAGCUUGACGCUGAUCUACCGGACUUGACACCACGCGGUUUCCUUCGACAUCCAACCGUAAUUGCUUACUUUCAAGACCGGUUUCCGUUGCUCCACUCACCGACAAUUUCUGACCUCCACAUUUCACUUUCGAACCGAAGUCAUCUCAAGGUCUACAUUGAUGCUAUAAAAAAAGAGAGUUUUCCUGAGGGUACCGGAUGGAAAGGUCUGCUUUAUCUCAAGAAACAACAAGACUCACUUCUGGACACAAGUGAUCGCUACAUACGUAUUGUUAGAGAAAUUCCCAUUGAGAGCCAUGGCAAUGACGACAUUGAGGAGAUUUCGGAGGCAGAUGUACUUGGUCAAACAGGAAAUACCCUCAAAAUGGUGGUCUGCAUGACUACAGAAGGAAGUCAGAGGCUAGCAUCUGCUCCUGACAUACAGAGUGAUAUAGCAUUCCAGCGCGUACUCUUUUUCUAUGAAUUUGAGUUGGCGGCUCUUGACCGUGACACAAACACUGCUGUAACAUUUUGUCGAGUCUACCUGACCCGGCGAAAUGCCAGAGCCCAUUGCAUUGCAUUAGCUGCAGUUGAUGAGGUGCUGAAAACUGAUAUUGGCCGCGGCCUACAGUUCAGACACAUUCAUGGCGAGGACAUCAAUGAUUAUAGGACCGGUCAAUUUAUUCUAAGUUGGGUGGUUGAUCAGGAUCGUGGGCAAGCUUUAGGCAUUGGCCUCCGGUUGCAGGAAAUCUCACAACAGCAUCCGGAGAAGUAUGACUUGCACGAGCCUGCAAAACGGCUGAUUGAUUUAGGCCCAUAUGAACAUCUCACUCGGUUUCUUUCGCUUUGUACAGUUCACUGGGGCCGAAAUAUCCGAGCUGCCCGUGUCUCGGAGGAGGUUAGAAACUUGAUGCGGAGCUUAGUUUGUCUUAAACAUUCUGACUGGGAUGGGACCCUUCAAGCCAUCCGAGUCACGGGUGGGAAAGCUGGGGCAGAUUGGCUCGCAGACAAGGAAUCAUUGCCAUUUGUUUUUCCUGCUAUCUGUUGGGAGCGUAGUUACAUUCCAUACGAUAUAUGGGUUGCCCGAGCACAUUCUACCAAUACAGUGGAGGCGGUACAUCGUGAUGUCAAUCGAGAAGGAGUUCAAUGCACCCUUGUUGGUGCUACCAAAAAGGCCAUGCGGUUUGAUCUCCUCAAGCUAAGUUCACUUCAGGCAUUCGAGGAAAGUGGGAUUAAAGAGACAUACAAUUCAAAACAUAGCUUUGAGAACGCUCUGAAAGGUCUCAAGAAAAGGAGUGAGUUCCUACUCUACAUGAACGAUCAUACUCGAAUUAAAAGCCUCAAGAACGAUGAUGCAAAAAUUAAAGCCCACAAUCAGAAGCUACAAGAAUGCGCACAAAAAUUGUACACCGCUGAGAUCAAGACGGAAGAUGCACUUGCGGCCCUCGGUGGAAUUCAUAUGCAAACGCAACCCAAACUUCAUAUGAAAGCUUAUCAAAGGUGGGAGAAGGCUCGGAGUGCAGAGGCCAAGUUGAGACAGGCCUUAGAUAAACAGGUAGAGGUCGGAAAGGGUCUAAUUAAGACAGGGACAGGAAAAGUGAACAUCUUGUUACCUGAAAUCAGUAAAUAA